CGACAUUAAUAUGACUUAUAGUAUGGGAAAUGAUUUUAGUGUAAAAAGUGAGUCAAAAGAGUCCAACAAUUGUAUGAAACAUCACUUUAAACAUUAGACUCAGUGUUUGUCAUCACAUGUAUUGCACGUGAUUUGAAACCAUUGAAUCAAUCAAUCAAUCAAUCAAUCAAUCAAUCAAUUGGUCAAACAUUAAGACAAUGAUAACCAAAAUGAUUAACAAAUGCCAAAACAUGUCAUCAAUGGCUCAUUGGAGUGACUCUGAAGAUGAAGACUCGGACUCGACAACUAUACCAGAAUCGACACUCGAAGAUCCCGAUUACUCAGAUGAUGACCAAGAGUUGGUGUACUCGGAAGACACCGACGACGAAGAAGACACUGAUGACGAUGAUAACGACGAAGAUGUCAAUAGUAAACAUAAAGAAGGCAUUGUUCUCAUAUUGAAACCAAUUGAUGACAAAUCGCAACAAGAAGUGGACACAAGUGAUGCAAAAGCUAUGAAUGUGAACAAUGAUAGUGACUCUGGUUUGGUGUCAAAUCCAAUACAUCAGUCUGAGUCUCAAAGAGUUAGACGUAUUGAACUCUACCGACAAUUUAUUGAAUGCUGGCCUUUGAAACCAAUGGACAACAAAAACAAUGAGUCACUGAAUCAGUUGACUUUUCCGACCGAUAAUAAAGAGCCGACACGACUGGCGCUCAGACAUCGCAAUAGAGGUCGCAAUUUGAGACCAUAUAUAUCACGACCCGACUCUUAGGUCUCACCAGUUAUAAGCUAUUAGUGAUUAUUUCAUUCACUCAUUUGCAAGAUUUACCGGUAAGUCAUUGCAUAUCAUUUGUAUCUAAUAUAACAGUAAAAGAAAUUUAA